GGAUAGACAAAAAGACAGAUGAUAGGUAGACAGACAGACAAAUAGAUUUUAUGUUCAUAAUUUAAUUAUGAUCUUUUUUUGUGUUCCCUCUAUGUUUUAGGAUUACAUGCUGGUUUUUGCACACUACCCCGCCACCCUUGCUCAAAGGAGAAGUCUGAGGAUACUAGUUAUAAAGUGCAAAGAGAGGAAUGGGCCAAAGAAGACUUUAUGGAUGCCAAAGAACAUAGCAUUUCUACUGAACCACUGGAGUCUUCUAGCCGUCUCUGGCAAGCUGAUUCAAUGGAAUCCUUGGUUAUGGACUUUGGUCCAUCACUUAUGAGCGAGAUCAUGAACAAAAUUAGUUUUUCUGAUAGUCCUACAGGAAUUCUAAAUGAAUCUGGGCCAAUUGAACAAGAAAUAUUGCCAACAAAUCUCUACUCAUCCAUUUCGAGCAACACAAUGGACAAUAGCAAUUGGGAUCCUGACCAGUCACAGACAGCUGUCAAAGAACCAAAAGGGUUUGCAAGUUGGGAGCAAGUCAAUACAAAUCUGGAAAUGGAAGUGGAGGACUAUCAAAUAAUUAAAUCAGAACAGGGCUACACUGGAGUCACUGAGGAUUUGUGGGACAUGGAUGAUGGAUCUGAGGUAGAGAUGUAAUUAAUCAAGGAAAUCAAGAAGUUAUAAAAGGUUGUUUUUUUCCCUCACUUUGCAUAGGAGAGAAAACUGAAGAAAUUGGGUAUUUUCUAUAUGUGGACUAUAUUUUUACAUAAACAUUAAAUUUACUUUAUAUAAAAUUGUACUGCGUGAAAAAAUGACAAAAUAUAAAUUUAUAAAUGCUUUAGUAUUACUCUGACAGAUUGCACCAUAAUAUACUACACUGCUGGUUUUCUUAAAGGGAAAUUGUCACUUCUCUGGAAAUUACACCACUGAAUAAAACACCCAAAAAAAAACUAUAACACAUGUUAACCUUUCAUGUGAUGCUACAUUUUCUUUUCAAUUAAUGUUAAAGAGUUAGCAGAUGACAUCACAAACCAGUUCAGUCCAGACCCAACUAACACACAAAAUGCAAAUGAGGAGACAUUCUUUAAUUUCUCCAAUUCUCUGUAUGCUUUAUCUAUGCCAUGGGAGGGGGGGAGGAGUGGGGCAGAAGGUAGAUCCCCAAAUGUUUUCGAACUACAACUUCCUUGAUGCUUUGCAUGCCCUUAGAAUGACAAAGCAUCAUGGAAGCUGUAGUUUUAAAGCAUUUGGGAAUCUACCUUUUGGCCAUCCCUGGUUUUUGCUAAUUGCCAGGUGCAUAAGACCAAGUUUAUAACACUAAUAGACAGAGAGCUACAACUGAGGAUAAAGUUGUAAGAUAAAGAGGUGCAGAUUAAUGCAUUUUAUUUUUCAGAUCUUCCAAAUACAUUUUUGUUAAAUAUAGGGAGAUAAGUGAACAUCCUGCGGCCUGACAACUCCUUUUUAAUAUUGCAAGAUUAAACUAAUAUUCAUCGUGUAUCAAGAGAGGGAGCUACUGUUUAUCUGAACAAAGUUAGUAGCACACUGUAAUCUUUUAGUUUAAACUGUAAGAUCACAGGGGUCCAAUGGUUAUAUUGGUGCAAGGCAAUGUUCUAGUAUCUAGUUCAUGCUGUAAAAGGAUUUGAAGUGGCUAGAUCCCAUUAAGUAUGCUACUAAGUUAUUUGUUCUACUUUAACAGAGCACUAAAUAUUAGCUUUACCCCAUGCCAGCUUCAUCAGAAUGACUGGGAUCACUAAAUGUCAUAUGCCAAAAUGAAAAGUCAUUCCUAUAUACCAGUAGCAGCUGUAUACAGACCCGCUACCUUUAAAUGACUGGGAUAUUCCAUUUUCAUGUAAGAUUUUUAAAGGAUAGUUUCUUAUGAAAUAAUUAUUCUAUCACUGAUCAUUAUGGGAAUUCAAAUCCCCCACUAGUCAAUUUAUAUCACUAAAGACUAUUUAAUGUAUAUCUAAAGUAUCAAACUCUAUGAGUUAUAUCUAUGCAUAUCUUAACCUUUUAAUAAUAUCUUUUGCACACAUCCACCAAACCAUCUCCAUUUGCAAAAGAAAUCUCCUUUCUUUGCCUAUUUGGGUAUAUAGUAUUUUAUGAUUCAAGACCACACAUUUCAAAGGAUGGUUUGUUUUCUAGAAUCUAUCAUCGUCAACAUUCCAUUUCACCUCCAAGCCCAAACAAACCCUUAAUUUCGACUAUGACCGAAUCUCUUGCAAAAGAGCUGGAACUAAGCUAUUUGAUUCCCAAAGAAUAACCCAGCACUAGCAGCCCAGAUAGAUAUCUAGUAUCUUAUUAAUAUCAUACUUUAAACAUAGACAAUAAAAGUGCAGUACAAAAGUACUUUCCUCAUACAUUGCUACCAAUCAAGGCACAAUGACAAAUGUGAGAUACAGCAUUUAGAAAUAAGUAAAUUAUGCAUAAGAUCACAUUUCUUGAACUAUGCACAUUGCUACCAUUCAUUGUUAUUAGGAGUUUUUGCAAGCAAAAAUUAAACACUAUUAUUUAAAGGCAUUUUUUUCAUCUGGUGGUUGAAUUGUUUUCUCUAUAUCUUUUUAUCCGUAAGAAAAAGUAGACAAUACAACCAAAUGCAAUGACAUGUAGAGCACCCUAAAACAUAUGCAAAAAGACUGAUUGGAGAACUAUGUUCCAGCCGAUGACAAUGAACCAACUUGCGCAUGCAGAAUGGUGUUAUGCAGAAAGGGAAUAUGAUUUGUUUAGGUAGGUAGAGAUAUGAAUCUGGUAAGCUAAGCACAGAAUCAGGAUAGCAAAGUCCACUAGCUGUGCCUCCUCCUUCUCACUAAUUUAAGUGAUGCCUUCAUGGAAGCAAUGGUACGUUUCUCAAGAUUACAGUGAAAGGUAAAGUAAGUUAAAAGAAUACAAAACACAUUUCGCAGUGUGAAUGAGUAUAACCCCCCAGAUAUUUGGACUCAUUUUCAGGGUCCAGGAUGAAUGUGUAUAUAUCAAGUGGAAAUAUGCAGAUUUUUCUCAAUACAGAGGUGACUGAGCAUUACAGAACAAUCAUGACAAAGUAAAACAUUCGUAGGGGUAUUAGGCAGGAUGAACAAGGGUUCCAAGAUGAAAGAUGGUUGUUUCUAAAUCCCAGAAUGCAGAACCUUUAGAAAGAUGUGUAGGACCUUGAAGUGAAUGACCGAAUUAUCAAGGUUAAUUAGUAGUUUCCCAGGCAAGUACAUCGCUAUGGUCGGGCUGGGAAGGGCUAUAGCACUGGUCGGGGUGGGAAGGGCUAUAGUCCCAAUUCUAGCUCUCGUGAGCCACAUCUACAAUUCCUUGAACAUGUAUUCAGACCAUUGACAAAUUCUCACAUAUUACCGAAAAAACUUUAAAUGAGCUAAAGAGGUCAUUGGAUGAGACUGAAGUAAAUAUGUACCAGUCAAUAAUUUCAGUUUCAAACAUUUCAACAUAAAACUGGUCUGUAUUUGUCAACAAACAAGCUAUUACUUAAAUGGAGCCACAUCUGGAAUUUGCUAAAAAUCGUCCUCUUCAACCAAUCGUUCCUGUAAAUUUUCUUGUAAUUGUCCUAUUUAUAGCUAAAUCCCCCCUCUCAUAAUAUUGUAAAGCGCUACAGAGUCUGUUGGCGCUAUAUAAAUGGCAAUAAUAAUAAUAAUAAUAGUAAUAUUAAGACUAACUCUAAAUUGUGAAAAGGGUUCAUGCUCAGAUGAGACUGUUAUGGGCAAAUGCAAAUAUUACAAGUUUUAGAAUGAAAUGUUGUAUUUCUUAAACUGUGUACUUUGUCUUUAAGAAAUAUUGCAAACUGACAAGGUGUUAGAAAUGGAACAUAUUGUUUUUCAUAACUGUUUCUUUAAGCAAUAACCUCUUACCUACCUACAGUGCAUAAUAUGUUUGCAUCAUUUUGUCCCAGACGAAUUACAAUAACAAUAAUGCAUAAACAAGCUUCAAGGCAAUGCUACGACUCUUUCAGUACGUAAUAUACUGUGGUAACCUUAGUAGAUAAGGAUGUUCAGACUUUUAGAUGCCAUCUUUUAAAGGACCACUAUGGGCACCCAGACCACUUCAGCUUAAUGAAGUGGUCUGGGUGCCAGGUCCAGCUAGGUUUAACCGUUUUUUUUAAUAAACAUAGCAGUUUCAGAGAAACUUUACAUUAGGGUUAAUCCAGCCUCUAGUGGCUGUCUCAUUGACAGCCGCUAGAGGGCUUCAGCGCUUCUCACUGUGAUUUUCACAGUGAGAAGAUGCCAGCGUCCAUAGGAAAGCAUUGAGAAUGUGCUGCUCUUGACGCGCGUGCGCAUUCAGCCGGUGAUGAAAGAAGAGGGAGGAGAGGAGGAGGAGAGCUCCCCGUCCGGCGCUGGAGAAAGAGGUAAGUUUAACCCCUUCCUCUCCAUCCAGCCCGGCGGGAGGGGGUCCCUGAGGGUGGGGGCACCCUCAGGGCACUAUAGUGCCAGGAAAACAAGUAUUUUUCCUUGAACUAUAGUGGUCCUUUAACUAAGUCAGGAAAAGUUCCAUGACGUAUGCACCCUUUAGUUAUGGCCUUGUAUGUUUGCCAAAUUAAGGGAGGUCCUAAAAUGAAUAAAGUAAAAGAAGUGUUACUUUUUCAUAUAUGAACUACGGUAACCCUAAAAUGAAGACACCUAAGGUAUAAAUAACAAUAAUAAUAAUAAAUGACAGAGAGGCUGACAUGAUGACAUGUUCAGAAGGGUAUGCUAACCUAUUAAUGAUAUUUGCAAGCA